UGUACAUCGCUUAGCAUUACGGCGUCGAUCGCUGUUAAUAAAUGAAAGGCGGUAAAGCUUAUCACUAUCAUUUUAUACUCUGAACUGUUGAAUACGUUUAAAACGCUGAUAUCCAAAGACCUCGUGAGAUGGCUACCGUUUUUUUUGGCAUUAUUGUACACACUAAAUCGUUUAACGAGUUUGAGUCCUUCGAGAACGGAUUUCUUGCAGUGGACGGUGCUGGAAAGAUAAUUGGGUUGGGCCAUGACUAUCAGGCUUGGGUGUCCAGCAAUCCGGAUCAGGCAAAAACUUUGUUCAAGGUUCAGAUGUCAGACAACCAGUUCCUUAUGCCGGGUUUCGUUGACUGUCACAUACACGCCCCGCAGUUCGCCCAAAUGGGCCUGGGACUGGAUAUGCCUCUUUUGGACUGGUUAAACACGUACACAUUUCCGCUGGAGGCGAAGUUUGUAGACCUACAAUACUCCCAACAGGUCUACAAAAGGGUUGUCGAAGCAACGGUGCGCUGUGGAACCACCCUGGCAUCCUAUUUCGCUACGAACCACCUGGAAUCGACGGUGAUCUUAGCACGGGAAGCAGCAAGCCAAGGCCAGAGGGCGCUUGUCGGUAAGGUCUGCUCAAACUGCAACAGUCCCGACUUUUACGUGGAGACUCUCGAGGAGUCCGUCACUGCAACUCUGGCUUUCGUGGAGGAAAUACGGAAACUAGGAAGCAGCCUUGUAUUGCCCACAAUUACGCCGCGUUUCGCCCUUAGCUGCAGCAAGGAACUUCUGAAGAAUCUUGGCGAUAUAGCCAAGCGAUUCGACCUGCAUGUCCAGAGCCACAUCAGUGAAAAUCUGGCGGAGAUUGAUGCGGUGAAAGAUAUAUUUAAUACCAGUUACGCCAAAGCAUACGACAAUGCUGGGUUGCUGACUAAUAAGACGGUAAUGGCGCACGGCGUUCAUCUUGAGGACGAUGAGGUCACACUUCUUAAAACUCGCGGUUGUUCGGUGGCUCAUUGUCCCGCGUCAAACACUAUGCUUAGCUCGGGGCUGUGUGAUGUCCAACGACUGGUGACUGCCGGCAUAACUGUAGGCCUUGGCACAGAUGUUUCGGGCGGAAACUCUGCCUCGAUUCAUAACGCACUUUUGCGCGCGUUGGAAGUGUCCAAACACAUAAGCUUUUUUAAGACGCAAAAUAUACACGGAACAGGAAAGGCUAAAUCACAAGAUCCCAACUAUGUUCAACUAAAGUACAAGCAGGCUCUGUACAUGGCCACUUUAGGCGGCGCCAAAGCGUUGUCUUUAGACCACCUGACCGGAAACUUCACCUUGGGGAAAGAGUUUGAUGCCCUGUUGGUGGACGUAAGCGUUGACGAAAAUCCUAUGCGCAAGCUUAGUGUCGACGAAUUGAUCGAAAAGUUCAUAUAUACCGGAGGUGAACGCAAUAUUGUUGAGGUCUUUGUAGCUGGCAAGCGUAUUAAAAAGGAAUGCCGAUCAGAAUACGGCAGAUAGACUUUUAGUGUUGGCAUUUUCAAAAAUAAUUUCGAAGAGUUUGUUUUAUAGCGACAAAAAUUAAAUGCUAAAACGGAAAUCUGUGUUUAGAUUACCUGCAAUAUUCCGUUAUAAACACUUCCAAAAGAUAGGGCUGAUUUUGUCUUUACUUGUUCUACAUAUUUUACCGUUAAAACAGAAACUAUACUUUUAAUUUCAAUCAAUUUGUAGUUUAUAACGUAUAGGCUAUAAUUUUAUCAAGGAUAUAUCUGCUGCGAAUAAAGUAUAUUAUAGACGAA